CUUCCCGCCCCAUAAAGCCGAUCACCUCUGGUCCCCUGAUGAGCAAUCCCUUUUCGAGCCUCAUUAGACCAGAAGAGCAACGGGUCAGCCAGGCUUUGGACGCCGUGGCAAGAGCAGCCGUGUUAUUGGUCGGAAGGCCGGGCGGGACGGCAGAGGAGGCUGCUCGCCGGGAACAACUGUCUGGCUAUACUGACGCAAGUCGUCCACCUUUUCCAAACUUUAACCUUCCACCUCUGAAGCCUUAGGAGCAUGAACUGGCACGCCCAGGCUUGGCCAAGAUGACUCAAAUGCGGAUGAGAGGCUGACCAAAACAUUUUUAAACUGUGUAUACGAAGUUAUUUUGAAAUCAGGACAAGAGUUAACCCUCCGAGAGGAAGAUUUUCUCUUUGCAUUCUGCCUCCAGGAUUUGUGGAGGAGAGAAUGUUGGAUGUGCAGCUUGACAAGGUAUGUGUCCUUCCGUGUAUUUUCCUCUCUUCCUUAGAAAGACUUUCUCACGUACAACCCGUGGUGAAAGAGAUACGCAGUUUUAGGUCCAGCCUCUAGGGUUUUCCUCUAUCAAGCAAGGGCUCACUCCGCAAGACCUCGAGGUCUGCGCUGCACUCCUACUGCCGCUUAGCGGAGAGAAGGGCAAAGACUCCUCCGUCAGUUUGGCGGUUGCCAAGCGACAGACGCUGUGCCCUGCCUGGCCUAAGGAGGAGGGCGCCGACUAAAAGAUGCUGACAGAUAUGUAACAACGCCGCUUUCUAUUGGCUGAAGAGCUCUCAGCCAUCGCCAUGAGCCAAUGAGUGGAUGCAUACGGAUGACGUAGACACUAUGCGACUCCUCCCACUUACGCUCUAGCGACGCGUCUGGAGAUCGCCGAUACCCACGUUAAACCCUUGAAGGUCUCGACCGCCCUCAUGUACACCUCGCAGCUCGUGCUACUGCAGAUGUUCUUCCUGAUGGUCCCUGAGGGCGGCCGGUCUCAGCCCUCUUCCUCCCCGUCAGAGGCAGUGCCCACGCCUCCAGAGCUGGGGCCAAGGACGCAGGGCGGGACCCUUCAGUCCUCUUCGGAAGGGACUGAAACUCCCUGGACCGUGCCUGGGAUCUCCACGGUGGGCCCCACUGUCGUGACCCCCUCGGCGCCUGGGAAUAGGACCGUAGACCUCUUCCCAGUCUUACCGAUCUGCAUCUGUGACUUGACUCCUGGUGCUUGCGAUAUAAAUUGCUGCUGCGACAGGGACUGCUAUCUUCUCCAUCCGAGGACAGUGUUCUCCUUCUGCCUUCCAGGCAGCGUGAGGUCUUCGAGCUGGGUGUGUGUGGACAACUCUCUUAUCUUCAGGAGUAAUUCUCCGUUUCCUUCAAGAGUUUUCAUGGAUUCAAAUGGAAUUAGGCAGUUUUGUGUCCAUGUGAACAACUCAAAACUAAACUAUUUCCAGAAGUUCCAAAAGGUCAAUGCAACCAACUUCCAGGCCCUAGCUACAGAGUUUGGAGGCGAAUCAUUCACUUCAACAUUCCAAAACCAGUCGCCAGCACCUUUUUACAGGGCUGGGGACCCCAUUCUGACUUACUUCCCCAAGUGGUCUGUCAUAAGCUUACUGAGGCAGCCUGCAGGAGUUGGAGCUGGGGGCCUCUGUGCUGAGAGCAAUCCUGCAGCUUUCCUAGAGAGUAAAAGCACAACCUGUGCUCGUUUCUUCAAGCACCUGGCAGAUAGCUGUACCUUGGAUCCAUCCCUCAAUGCUGCCUCCUACUAUAACUUCACAGUCUUGAAGGUUCCAAGAGGUAUGACUGAUCUGCAGAAUAUGAAGUUCCAGGUUCCUGUAACACUUGUCUCACAGGCUGGCUCUCCUCUGUUGGCUGGAAACACUUGUCAGAAUGUUGUUUCCCAGGUCAUCUAUGAGAUGGAGACCAACGGGACUUUUGGAAUCCAGAAAGUCUCUGUCAGUUUUGGACAAACCAACCUGACUGUCGAGCCAGGCACUUCCUUGCAGCAACACUUCAUCAUUCGCUUCAGGGCAUUUCAACAGAGCACAGCUGCUUCUCUGACAAAGCCUAGAAGUGGGAAUCCUGGCUAUAUUGUUGGGAAGCCACUCUUGGCUCUAACAGGUGAUAUAAGUCACUCAAUGAGCCUCUUGCAGAGCCAGGGUGACGGAACUUGCUCUGUUAAGAGACACGAAGUACAGUUUGGAGUGAAUGCAAUAUCUGGAUGCAAGCUCAGGCUAAAAAAAGUGGACUGCAGCCACACGCAGCAGGAGAUUUAUCAGACUCUUCACGGAAGACCCAGACCAGAGCAUGUUGCCAUCUUUGGUAAUGCUGACCCAGCCCAGAAAGGAGGGUGGACCAAGAUCCUCAGCAGGAACUGCAGUGUUUCAGCUAUGCAUUGUACUUCCUGCUGUGUCAUACCAGUUUCCCUGGAGAUCCAGGUAUUGUGGGCAUAUAUAGGCCUCCAGUCCAACCCUCAAGCUCAUGUGUCAGGAGCCCGAUUCCUAUACCAGUGCCAGUCUAUACAGGAUUCCCAACAAGUAACAGAAGUAUCUUUGACAACUGUUGUCACCUUUGUGGACAUUACCCAGAAGCCAGAGCCUCCAAGGGGCCAACCCAGAAUGGACUGGAAAUUGCCGUUUGACUUCUUCUUUCCCUUCAAAGUGGCAUUCAGCAGAGGAGUCGACUCUGGAAAAGGCUCAGUCUCUCCCAUCCUUAUCCUGUGUCUCUUACUACUUGGAGUUCUCAACCUAGAGACUGAGUGAAAAAAAGAAAAGAAUCAGAUUUCUAUUUUCCCUAUGGGAAGUUCUGAGGCAGCCUACUUAUCUUGGCUAGAUAGGUCCUUACCUGCUCAUGACCAGAGCAGAGCACUUAGGAUAAUGGAGGACCUAACUGAAGGAAUCUUUGUAUAUGAAAGAAGGAAUUUUAGAAAAGCCACAAAAAUAUCUUAUUCAUCAAACCUCCCUGCUUAGGACUCUACGGACCCCCGGGUACACGAGGUUCGCUACUUCUCAAGCAGGGAAGAACAUAAAGAGCCCUUCAGGUUGUGUUAUGCCUGACUAAAGGUUUGCAAAACCUCAUCCAUCUGCUCACUGGCACACUUGGGCCCAGCAUCAAAAGGAACAUACUCCUGCUGUCCCCCGGGUGAACUCGGGAAUAGCUGCCCUCUGGACUUGAGAGGAGCUGACUGUUCAGAACAGAAAACGGCUGCCUGUAUGUUUUGUCUGGCUCCUCCCCACUCCCUUGGGCCACACUCUACCAAGGCAUGUUGGGGAAAGCAAUUCCUACUCAGUUUCCAAAAUGAAUGUGGAAUCCCAGCCCCCUUUUCUACUAGCAUAUGACCCUACCACUCAUUUCUGCUCUUUCCUUCCCUCCAUUGUGGUGAGGAGAAAUAAAACUGAUUGAGUGCUUCGUUGUACUAAUCCCAGCAGCACACAGAAGUUAA